AUGGCAUUUUGGCAGCAGUCUUGUUGGUGUUGUCCCAAUAAACAGUGUAAGUUCAAGUACAACUACGAGUGGCGUGAUCACUGCCUCCGCUGUGGCAAGGAGAAAGGCGGCCCAAGUCAGCGCGUGGUCCAGCCCCGCGGUGUCUGGGCUGGUGGCGUCUCCCCCUCCGUGCGUGCGCCCAAGCCGAAAGGACCUCCGCCCCUCACCGAUGCGCAGGUCCGAGCCAACGCCGCCAUGGACCCCGCCGCGUAUGAGGCCGUGGCGGACACGCUCAGCCAGUCGGCGCGGGAUCGCAUCCAGCACCAGCGGGGCCUCCUCUCAGGCGAUCCGCAGCUGGUGUCGAGGGCAGCGCAGAAGGAAAGUGAUGUGCUCACGGAUCGGCUUGGCAAGGUGCAAAAGCAGUACGACAAGGCGCAGGAGAACCUGCACCGUGCCGUACGCUGGGCUGCAGAGGUUGGCGCUGAGCUCGAGGAGCUCCAGCAGCAGCAGAAGGAGGCUGCCGCGCGCGGGGCAGCGGCCCUUGCACAAGUGGGCGGCACGGCCGCCGCCGCGCCUGGCACGCCGCCUGGUCAGUGCGACGGGCUGCUCCAGCAGGCGCGGCUGCUUGGCGACGCCGAGCUCGAGGCCAAGCUCACGGAGGUGGUGCCCAGCCUGGCGCCGCCAGCGCGGGCCUCCAUUCGGGAUGCGGCCUCGCGGCGGCAGGGGCAGCGGGCGCAGGGCAGCCUGCGCCCCCUCCUGCAGCUUCUGUGGGUGGCGCUGACCCUGAUGAGCGCGCCCGUGCAUGGGCAGCCCGACACGAGAAGAAGCUGCUCGAGCACGCCUGGGCUUGAGCUGCUCAGGCGAUCCGAUGAAUGGUAUGAUUGUGACUUGGCGCUUGUGCAGGAGCACAAGGUGCCGCAGCAUCAGCGUGACGCGCAGGAGCAGGCGUUGCGCAAGACAGGCUGGAAGGCAGCCAUCAACCCCGCCGUCCGCGCUGGUGCCGCUGGUGGCGCCUCUGACAGCCUGGCGGGCUUGUCUGGUGGUACCUUGAUUGCCACGCCUGUUCGCUAUGGGCUCAGCCAGCUGGAGGGCCUCCCGCACUACGUGUGCCCAGCCAGGGCUUCGCUGCUGCAUCUGAGCCACGGUCCGAACGGGGGCUUGCUUGUUGGCACCAUGUACUUGCACGACUCUGAAGACCUCAGUGAGAGGAAUUGGCACAUCCUCUGCGACAUGGGCCAGGCCGUCAAGAGUGCAGGGCUUCCUUUCAUCCUCAGUGCGGACUGGCAAGUCACGCCUGAGGAGCUCAUGGAGAGUGGCUGGGUGGCAGGCAUUGGUGGAGUCGUGGUAGCCCCCAAGCUGGGCACGGUCAGGCCGUCGGAGCGCGUCAUCGACUACUUCGUGAUGUCGCCCUUCCUAGCGGCAGGAGCGCAGCUGACCGUUCUGGAGCACAUCGCGAUCAGUCCGCAUCGUGCAGUUCAGGUUCGGCUUCAGGUGCCUACAGGAUGGACGCCUGACGACAUGGCGGUCGAUCGCGUCCCCUUAGGCCUCGAGGGCCUGGACGCGCUUUGUGAGCUUUUGCAUUUGAUUGAGCUGAGGCCCGACUGGCCCACUGCGUGGGUCAAGGAACCCACGGAGCUCGUGCAGUUGCUUGGCAGCCGCGUGCUUCUUCCUUUCGACAGGUUCCCGCAGCGGCCAGAGGCCGCGCCAGAGCAGUUCUACCUUGGUGAGCGCAGCUCGCUCACUGGGGACUUGUUCGUUGACGGCUCGAUGUAUGACCACGAUGUAGGCAGGAAUGCUCCCCUCGCGGCCACCGACGCCGAGCGCCUCACGGCGUCCCAGAUGAGGGCGGCUCGCGCCGCGCGGCGCCAGGCCUUGGCCAGAGGAUACUGUUUUUUCGAGGCCGCUGGAUUUCAGUUCAGCUCGGUCCUCGUGUUCCUGAGAGCUCGGAGGCGAACCAGUACCCACACCAGCACCGAGGACCCCGCGCCGGGCUCGGUGGCGCCAGUGGCGCAGAUGGAGUACAAGCCGAGCUCUGGCGCCGCAGGGGUGAUGCAGAUGCUCGAGAAGCUGGUCUCGGAGGCGAAGGUGCUCAUGGCGGAGUCCAAGGCCUCCGAGAACCAGGCUCAGAAGGCCUACGAGGACCCGCUGUAG